UACUCAUAUGAAAACCAUUGGCCUCGUUCCAAACAUCAAAAAAUUAUUACUGAAUCAAAAUUAUCGAAACAUCUUAAAAAUUCAACGUGAAUAUUUCGUUUUUUAUUACCUUUUCGGCUCAAGAAUUUGCAUAUUCUUCAGACGCUUUCCCCAUCGUAACACAAUAAACUCAAAUACAGACCACAGACAAUGUCGGACACAGGGCUGAGCGACAGCGAUUGUUCCGACAUGGAGCCAAAGUUUGAGGGUAGCGUGUCGAUGAGUGUGAGCCAGACUACCAUCAAAAAUGGGCCCAAGGAUGCUCCAGAGACACCGGAGUCUUCCAAGGCAGAAACGGUCAUGCCACAGGACUCUGCACCGGCAGAUGAGCCAAAGGAGGAGCCUGAGGAAUUGACGGAGGCAUCCUUCGGGGAUCCAGAGAUUGGGGCAUCUGGGAUGUCGCUCAUUGAGUGGCCCAGCGAGGAACCAAGGGAGUCGGAGGAGGAUGUGCCCUAUCCGAACAUGUCGUGCUCAUCCUUCUCCUCGUGCGUCUCGUACCAGGCCAUUCGACAGAUGAUCCUCCAGCGGGAUCCUCACACGUCCACCAUGAGUCUGGAUAGUGGCUGCAAUGACAUGCCACAGAUGAAUUCCAGCCACCAGUUAAUGCUGCAGCGCGACUGCAGGGAAGUGGGCGGCAAGGACACGUCACAGGGUGCCGGUGCGCUCGCCUCGUUGGAGCCGCUGCAGCGGAAGCAACCUUCGGUGCUUGUCGUCAUGGAGCCCAAGCCAAACUUCACCGAAAACAGCUGCAUGGACAUCAGCCUCAAGGGGGACAUUGAUAUCGAAGAGGUGUACCACAAGUUUGUGCCCUGGUUCAAGCGGCCCGAGAUCGAUGGGGCCUUCAAGGUAUUCAACGAGGUCGACCAGGAUGCCGACGGCUACAUUUCCCUCACGGACCUAAAGCGAGCUCUCGAGAAGCUCUCAGUGCCGCAGACCCACUGGGAGGCCAAGAGGAUCAUGGCACAAGUGGCCGGGCCACACAGCAAUGUCGUGCACUUCAGCCAUUUGCUCCUGAUGUACGCUUCGCUCCUCAAACGGCUGCAGCUGGACAAGUAUCCCACCAGAGACGCCGAAACCGAUCGCUUCAGCCAAAUGGGUACUGUGGACGUAUCCAAGGUGGGCGUCAAUGGGGCCAGACGUUACUUCGAGGCCAAAAUAUCGCUCGAGGGGGAGCGUCUCAAGCCGCUGUCCUUGAUGUGCACCCAGCCGGUGGCCAGGCCAUCGUCCAUUUCCUCUGUGACGAUGAGUCGCGACAAGUUCGAGGCCAAAGCUUCUGUCUUCAAGAAGUUUGACGGCGAAUCCAAUGAAAAGAAAAAUUGAAUUGAUUAUCAUAUUUUUUGGCCACUUUGUUCCCAAUUUAAAUUGCAAAUGUUGAAAAUUUUCCACUGACCUUGAGUCUGCAGCCAAGCCCCAAAUCGUUGAACAAUAAAACAAGCAGCAGAAUGA